CAACCCGGAGGAGAGGAGCUGGCCAGGAUGCGUUGUGUGAGCUGGUUGUUGUUGGGGACCUGCCUCCUGGUCCUGGGCCCGGCCGUGCAGGGCGCCCCGGGCCAGUGCCCCAGCCUCUGCCACUGCCACGGAGACCUUCAGCACGUCAUCUGUGACAGCGCCGGGCUGAAGAAGAUCCCCCAGGUGUCGGACGCCACCCGUUUGCUGAACCUGCAGAGGAACAGCCUGGGCCACAUUCCCACAGGGGCCUUCAGCGACAGCAAGGGGCUCAUCUCCCUGCACAUGCAGCACUGUCAGCUCAGAGAGAUCGGGUCUCAGGCCUUCAAGGGGCUGAAGAAGCUCAUCUACCUCUACCUGUCCAACAACGAGAUCAACAGCAUCAAGCCCGGCGCCUUCGAGGACCUCACGGAGCUCACCUACCUCUACCUAGAUGGGAACCAGAUCGGCGACCUGGCCAAGGGCAUCUUCUCCCCCAUGAUCAACCUCUUUAUUCUGCAGCUCAACGACAACAGGCUGCGCGAGCUGCGGCCGGCGACCUUCACCGGUGCCAAGGACCUGCGCUGGCUGCACAUGAGCGGGAACGAGCUGACCACCCUGCAGCCGGGCUCUCUGGACGACGUGGAGAACCUCGCCAUUCUUCACCUGGACAGGAACAAGAUGUCCACGUAUCCCAGUGCGGCAAUGAGCAAACUGCGUGUGGUGGAGGAACUCACGCUGGGGAGGAAUCCCAUGAGGACCAUCCCAGACAACGCCUUCCAGAGCUUUGGGCGCUACAUGGAGAAACUGCACCUGGACAACAUGAGUCUGGAGAAGUUCUCUGACGGAGCGUUCACCGGAGUGACGGCCAUCAAGUCGCUGCACCUGGACAACAACAGACUGAAGUCUCUUCCCAGAAGCCUGGAGUUCAGCACCAUCACCAACCUCACGCUGUCCUCCAACCCCUGGAGCUGCUCCUGUCAGCUGGCUCCGCUGCGCAGGUGGAUGGACUCGAGCCGCAGUCGUCCAGACGCACUGUGUGCUUCUCCCCCUGCACAGAGAGGCAAGCAGGUCCGAGACAGCGCCGCCUUCAGUGGCUGCAGAGGCAAGGCCAAGAGAGCCAAGAAGGGCGCACGUCCCUGAACACGCCGCCGUGCAGGAGACGCUGUGAGCAGGAGCCUGUCCAGGUGACCGGCUACAACCAGAGCUACGCUAACGCUACUUCCAGACUGUCCGUCUAUUCAUCUGUCAGAUGCCGUCACAAGUGUAAACACAAACAAACACAUUCAUAGAUACACAUCCGCUCUGUCUGCGUCACGCUCACACGCUCAAACACACACACACACACACACACACACACACACAUAUUAUCAUUUACUUUUCACUGACUUAUAUCAAGUGGAUAACAUGCAGGUAACCAUCAAAAUGAAGGUCAAGAAUAAACAGGAGCCUCAGGGACGUGGUGGGUUCAGAGGCAAACUGAAAACAGACGUUUAAAGCUGCAUGAACUGACUGUUUGGCCACUAGGGGGCAAUGUUACAAUCUGUAAAAACAUUGGAACAGACUGUGGCUGUGUCUCAGUUCAGGGCUUUUAUCACAUCGAUGGCUCCUUUAAAUGUGGCCGACCAGCCCAUCGAUCUUUACCCGCUCAAACUGUCCCAGGAUUCAUUGUGCUUCUGUAAACAAGAGGCGUUAAAACCUUGUUAUCCUUUCCGAGCCUCCUUCACGACUCCGGGGGGGUGGCGCCCUGAGAAGGAGGCGGACCCCUGAACUGAGACACGGCUGAGAAGUUAUGUUCAGAGGCCGAACCCCGGUCAAGGUGUCACGGACGAUCCAGGAACAAUCACAGUUUUGGUUAAAGUCGUGAUUCAACAUUCUCCCGCUUCAUCUGUCCUUCAUAUCAAAUUGAUAGUUUGAGUUUGUAAAAAUGAUCGAUUUGGAAACAGAAUCUCCAAAGUUUGCAAAAGAAAGAAAAACGUUUUGAGUGUUUACUUUAUGUAUUUCUUAUGUAUUCUCAUUAUCUCUGCAUU